AUGAACAAAAAGCAAUUCGAUUAAAUUUAGGAAUUGGAUGAAGAGGAUGUUCCUAACUCUUACUCUCAUAAAUAAGGAAAAUAAUUUACAUUUACAUAGCAUGAAAAAAAGAGUGAAGAAGAUAAAGAUAUAGAUAGUCUCUCGGGGAGCUCAAAUAAUGAAAAAGCAUAAUUUUUAUAGAAAGAAAAAUAGAGUAAUUUAAGUUCAGACAAAAGUCUAAACAGUUAAAGUCGCUAAAUGCCUAAACUUAACAAACCUAAUAACAAGUUUGAUAUUGAAAAUGAAAUAAAAGAAGACUUAGUAGAAUAUUAAGAAAAUGAUAUAGGCUUAUCUGGCAAAGAUAUUUAUUUUGGCAAUAUGAACAAAAGAAAUAACUCUUAAUAAAAUAGAGAUUCUUCAGUAGUAAAUAAAAAGAAAGAAAAAAUAAAAGUAGACUUUCCUGUUGAUCGUCUGCUGCAAUAUGAGCAAUAUAGAAAUUAAGUUCCUAACUAUGCUCUGACUUCUACAAAAAAGACUAGCAGUGAAAAUUAUAAAUAAAUUAUUAGCGAAUAUAUGAAGAUUUAAGAAAAAGAAGAAGAGCUCAAAUUCAAAGACAAAGACCUAUAUAAAGAAAGCCAGACAAAAAUGAUUAGUACUGAUAUAGAAACAAAAAUAAGAGAUCAUAUCAUUAAUCACAAAAUUAGGGCUAAUUAAAAGUAUCAAGUAGUGAAAAAUUUCUUUAGAAUAUGGUUUAUAAAUGCAAAGGAAAUUCGUAGAAUAGAAAAAAAGCAAAGUCAAAAGUAAAACAACAAUCAAAUGAUAUCUGAUAAAAUAUUAAUGCAAGAAUAAGAAAACUAGCGUUUAUAAAAAAAGCUUGGAAUUGAAGAUUUCAAUUAAUCUAAAGUUAUUGAAUCUAAAAAGCAAGUGAAAAAAGUAAAAAAUACAUACACAGGUUAGCUCUACAUUAAACCCGGUUUUGACAUAAAGUUAUUCAUACCAUUUUGUACUGAUAUUUAUCUUGGCAAGGAUUGA